AUGUUUACUGUGACAAGCAAAAUGGCCACGACAAUAGUACCAGAAAACAUGGCAGUCGUUAGCAACAUGUCGUCAGAUUUUCUGUCAUCGGAUUUCACGACAUCUGAUACACUUGACGCAACUAGUGUCAGUGUCAAUUCGAUCAUGACGACUACAGCAAUGAUGGAGACCACGACACAAGGUGACGGUCGCAACUUUCGCUUUGAAGACCCCGUACAGCGGAUCAUCAUCGGCUGCGUCUACUGCCUCGUGGCAGUCGUUGGCUUCGCUGGGAACUUCAUGGUCAUCCUGGCUGUCAUUCUGUCAAGGAAACUCCAAACCCGCACCAAUGCUUUUGUCGUCAACUUGGCCGUGGCUGACUUGGUGACAUGCAGUACUAUUCUGUUCACAGCGUUGGCGCUGUUUAGCAUGAAUGGCUGGCCCUUACCGGGGUUACCGCUGAUCGUGUGCUCAGUGGCGGCUGGUCUGUUCUAUACCAGCCUGGGCUGCAGCAUCAUAAACCUUGCUCUGAUAGCCAUCAAUCGGUUCGUCCUCAUCACAAAAUCUUCGAGGACUUACAGAUCUGUCUACACUCCGAAGAAGAUUGCGGCCAUGCUAGUCUUCACGUGGGGGUACCCGGCUCUGGUGUGUUGUUUUCCCCUGUUUGGUAUCGGCAAGUGGGGCUACUCCGAGAAGUACAAGGCUUGCGGCCAAGACAAUUCCCAUGAGACUAGCGAUCUCUUCAGUUUGCUCGGCUCUCUCCUCGUGUAUCCUAUCCCGUUGAUCAUCCUCUUCGUGUGCUACUUCAAGAUCUAUCGCCACAUCACCGGCCACAUGAAGAAGUUGUCGGGUAAGGGUGUGGAGCUAGCCGAUACAUCAAACCUCUCCAGUGCCAGCACCAAGCGACUCCCCAGGAACCAACCGGCCAGCUUCAGUAAGCGACAGGUGGAAAUCACUAAGAACCUGUUCUACGUGGUCUGUGCCUUCGUUGCUUGCCUGGCUCCCUUCGCCAUCUCCCUGAUGAUACCACCCAGCGACCCGGCCAUUCCUUGGACUGGGAUGAUCACCAUCUUCAACAGCGCUAUCAACCCGAUCAUCUACGGGGCCAAACACCCACACUUCAAGGAGGUGUUCCGUCACAUGUUGCGGUACCGGUACCACAUGAUCCCUGAACGUUCUGGAUGCCUCCGUAAGAUCAGAUCUAGAUAA